AAGGGGCGGCUGGCGCCAUGUCGGGCCGCGAAGGUGGCAAGAAAAAGCCCCUGAAACAGCCCAAGAAGCAGACCAAGGAGAUGGAUGAGGAGGAUAAGGCUUUCAAGCAGAAACAGAAGGAGGAACAGAAGAAACUCGAGGAGCUGAAAGCGAAGGCCGCGGGGAAGGGACCCCUAGCCACAGGUGGAAUUAAGAAAUCUGGCAAAAAGUAAGCUGUUCCAUAGUCCUGA